CGCCGCGGGGCCGGAGGGGGGGGCGGGGGGGGUGCGGUCGGGCGGCGGAGGCGCAUUCGGGCGGCGGCGAUGAACGGGACGGGCCGGGAGCCGUGCGAGCGCGGCGAGGCGCUGGUGGCCGGGGCCCGGCCGCUGGUCAGCGCCCUGAUGUUCUCGGCGGGGCUCCUGGGCAACCUGCUGGCCCUGGGGCUGCUGCUGCGCUGCCGCCGGCCGCCCCGCGCCCGCCCGCCUUCCCUCUUCCACGUCCUGGUGCUGGCCCUGGUGGUCACCGACCUGCUGGGCACCUGCUCGGUCAGCCCCUUCGUGCUGGCCUCCUACCACCGCAACCUCACCCUGACCGCCCUGGCGCGGGGAGGGCACAUCUGCCUCUACUUCGGCUUCUCCAUGAGCUUCUUCGGCCUCGCCACCAUGCUCAUCCUCUUCGCCAUGGCGCUGGAGCGCUGCCUGGCGCUGGGGCGGCCCUACUUCUACGAGCGCUUCCUCAGCCCCCGCACGGGCCUGGUGGCCCUGCCCGCCAUCUACACCUUCGCCGCCGCCUUCUGCUCCCUGCCGCUGGUGGGCUUCGGGCGCUACGUGCAGUACUGCCCCGGCACCUGGUGCUUCAUCCAGAUGUACCUGGACGACGGCCGGCACGCCGGCGGCGCGGAGGCGGCCGGGAUGCACGUCACCUUCUCGCUGCUCUACGCCACCCUGCUCCUGCUCCUCAUCCUCUCGGUGCUGCUCUGCAACCUCAGCGUCAUCAGCAACCUGGCCCGCAUGCACCGCCGGGGGCAGAAGACCCGCCGGCUGGCCACGCCGGAGCAGCCCCGGGCGGCGGGGGGCGGCGGGCGGUGCAUGUUCUCCAUGGCCGAGGAGAUCGACCACCUCCUGCUCCUCGCCAUCAUGACCAUCACCUUCGUCAUCUGCUCGCUGCCCUUCACGAAGGAAGAGUCCCGAGGGAAAAGAAAACGACCGCAGCCUGUAGCCAAGCCAGGCUGUCUGGGUUUUAAGAGAGAGAAAAGACAAAGCGGCGAUGUCCGGGAGCUCGCAAGCAUCCCAGGAACCAGACUCAACAUCCUGAGAGCUCCCGUCAAUGGGCCCACGCGUGCCGGGCGGCUCUCCCGGCGGCCUGGAGGAGCCCAGCUCUGGAUGCCGCGGUCAUUAGGCAGCGGGACCCCUUGGCCGGGUCUGCUCAGGACAGGCGGGGUGGGAAAGUGCCGCUGAUGGGGAUCCCAUGGGCCCCGUGGUGGCAGCUCUCAGCCUUGUCCCGAAACGCGGCGGCUUUUCCUUUCCCAUUGCCCGGCUCCCACGUGGCUUUGCGUUUGGGCAGCGCUUUGGCAUCGUCUCAAACGGAGCCGCCAAACGCUGCCUCCUGGGUGUGACACUUUCUCCUCUGGCCCACAGCACCCACCCUCCGAGGAGCAGCACACGAACCCAGACACUGCCAGCCCACAGAGCCACGAACCCUUCCCCCAAAAAAAUCCCCGAGCCCGGGGCAGGCUGGCAAGCGCUGCCGUCCCCGAGCGGUACCCGGCGGACCCCGGGCGCAGCGGGGACGCUCGCACCCCCCCGUGCCCCCGGCUCCCCAUCCGAGCAUCCCCGCGGCGUGGGAGCGAGGGGGUGGCGAUGGGGUGAGUAAGGCGUGCUGAGUCACCCUUCCAGGAAGCCCCGUAAGCCGCUAUGAGUCGGCACACGCCAGGAAGCACCGCACCGGGGCGGCUCAGCACCCCGCACCCGAUGCGUCCCGUGCCUUUACCCAUCCCGUGCAGCCGCAGGUUCUCCCGGCGAGACCUGCGCACCGCUCGCCGCGUCCUUAACCAGCCGCCGGCUUAAUUGCAUUUGGGCUCGGCGAAGCCUCGCUGAGCACAGACCUGGCUUUCAUUUGCAGGAAAUUCAUUUAAGCCGGUGGAAGCAGAAAGCGUGCUGUACGUGGCCCCUGGGAGAGCAGACCCGGCGUUAUUUUCCCCCGCUGUUCUUUUGCAGGUCUGCGCCUACAUGAACAAGUUCAGCAAGGGCAAGAACUACGACUGGGAUCUCCUGGCGCUGAGGUUCCUCUCCAUCAACCCCAUCCUCGACCCUUGGGUCUUCGCCAUCCUGCGGCCGCCGGUGCUGCGGGUCCUGCGCUCGGUGCUGUGCUGCCAGCUGUCCCCCGGCAGCCAGGACGUGCACACCCCGUCCCCCGCAAAGACGAAACUGGAGACAAGGCUGGACCCCAGCGGGCAGUAGAUCCGCCAGGAGACAUCUGCCAGGCUGGGCUGGCUGGGGUGCGGUGCAGCCCUCGCAGGUGUUACCGAAGUUUUAUGGCCCCUAAGAGACGUCCCCGCUGUAGGGUGGGACGGGGCUGUCCCCGGUGCCGCCGCGUGUCCGGGGAGCUGCGCGAAGCCGGUGCAGGGUCGCACAGGGCAGAAAGUGCUCGCUGUGGGAUGGGACCGGAGCACCUGGAUGUCACUACUGCCAUGAGACAGGGCCAUUCCUGCCCUGCGAUGGAUGCACGCCGCAUUCGGACACAUCAGAGAGGGGCUGAAUUAUGGGGUGACUUGCUGGGACACCGCAGCCGCUGCGUGCAUGGCUGUGGCUGGCCAAAGGGGCCGUUUAUGGGGCUUUGAGCAUCUCCAGCCACCUCCUGCCCCUUCCACCCGCAUCCCCCAGGAUGGGACUGCUGGGGAAAUGGGGCACAGCCCGUGUGCCUUUUGCCACUUUCCUCCCAAGCCGCGUCCCCGGGGUCUGCUCGUGGAGGCGCGGGUCCUGUAGGGGCGGCUGGCUCAGCCCUGGCCUCAGGCACCCGGGGACCAGGCAGGAGAGGAGGCAGCUGCUAUGUAGGGGAGGAAGAAGCUUUUGCCCCUCUUCUUUCUUUCCCCUUUGUCUGGCAGCCUGCUUGCCCAAGGAAAAGCACUUUAUGGGGUGUAGCUCUGUGCGUCCGUGUCUGUUUGUCCCCCCGCUCCCAGCAGUUUUAGGCUCCGGUCGGUGCCAGCCCAGCGUGUCCGAGGGGCGCCGGGCAGAAAGAAGCAGAGCUUUGGCCUUUCUGUGUGCUGCCACGGCAUGGGGAACCACGGGGCCUCUCCCAGCUCCCGUUUUGCAAGGAGCUUUCUUUGUCCUGCGGCAAUACAGAGCCUGGCUGGGAGCAGGAGGUUUUGGUCGCAGCCACGCGUCUCACCCAUGCCCAGGGCGAUGCUGCCGAUGGGUUUGGGGUUGGUGUGAAGGAGGAGGGCUCAUCCUCGUGGGUCCCACCAGGGCAAGGAGCACCAGACCCCACUGCCUUCCCCAAGGGGGGGACCCGGCCUGCCCGGUGGCACUGCCACCCUCCGAGCCACCGCUGGGCUUGUCCUGGUGCUUGUCCCGCUGCCGCUGGGGAGCUGCAGCAUCCCCCAGCCGUGGCGUCUUCGUGCUACUGCAGGUGGAGCGCCUUGUCUGUCCGAGAGCUGCAGCUCUGCUCAAAAAGCCCGAAUGCGCAAAGAUUUGGAGCGUUCGUCCGUGUCGGCAAUGCGAAAAAAAACCCUCCUGUAAUAAAUGUCAUUCCAAGGA